AUGGCUAUUCCCCACCUUGUCCAUCGUACCAUCCUCCGCAAGCCCAAGAUGAUUGUUCACAAUACCAUCCUCCACAAGCUAUCUCUAGUCCUCCUCAUUUGCUCGCUCCUCGGGUACAACUCUGAAGCCAUGAGUAGAAAGGCUGAAAAGGAAGCACUUCUAAGCCUUGAGAAACACUGGGGCAAACAGACGACUAUCAGCUGGAGCUCCAUCAUGGACACAGGCCACUGUAAGUGGGAUGGCGUCAGUUGCACUCGGGAGGGCUUUGUUACGCGUAUUUCACUCAGUAAUUACAAUCUUUCCAAGCCAAUUCCGUCAGAAAUUUGCUCGUUCAAGAACCUUACAUUCCUUGACCUUUCGUCCAACAAGAUUCCAGGUUCUUUCCCUACGGUGCUUUUCAGUUGCUCAAGACUUGAGUAUCUGGACCUAUCAUUCAAUUCUUUUGUUGGUAGUCUCCCAUUAAAUAUCCAUUUACUGUCGAAAACGAUUUCCUACCUUAACCUUGAAUCGAAUAGCUUAUCCGGUAGUAUUCCAAGUUCAAUCUGCAAGCUUUCGUCCCUACAAGUUCUGAAACUAUCCUCCAAUCCCUUUGCUUCACACAGAAUCGAUCCACAGUUCGGAAAUUUGACAAACCUAGAAGUAUUGUCAAUGAGUAAUAUGAGUAUAGUUGGUGAAAUUCCAGACACUAUAUCCAAGCUGAACCGACUUAGAAUCUUAGAUUUGUCUUGA